AUGGAGGAAGAAGACCUAUAUGAGAUACUAGAAAUUGAAUCAAAUGCCACCGCCGUCGAGAUCAAAAAGGCGUACCGAAAGCUUGCUUUGAAGUACCAUCCGGAUAAAGCGUCGGGGACGGAACGCGAGGAGGCGGAAGUUCAGUUUAAGAAGAUCUCGUAUGCGUAUGAAAUACUCAUCGAUGAAGAGAAACGAUAUCGGUACGACCAGUUUGGUAGUACAGAUGCCAGCCAAACUUACGCUUCAAACCCCUUUGAGCAGUUUUACGGAGCGAGCUUCAACGAGUACAACGGCAACGAUUUUCACGAUUUUUUCAGCAACGGCCAAGCUCGACACAACGAGGCCAAAACGGAAGAUGCAAAAAUCAAGGUGGAGGUCACCCUCGAAGAGUUGUACAUGGGAAAGACCGUGCGGACCACGUCAACCAGAAACGUCAUCUGCACCAGCUGCAAAGGCAGUGGAGUCAGGUCGUCAAACGUGGUGAGCAAGACGUGUGGCAUAUGCAAUGGCGAGGGCCACAUUCGCAAAAUCAAACGAGUGGCACCUGGUCUUGUCUCGCAACACUAUGUUGACUGUGUCAAGUGUAGUGGGACAGGGAAAAUACACAGAACCAAAGACAAAUGCAAGCAGUGCGGCGGAGCCAGAGUCACUGAGGAGACUAAAAUACUCGAGUUUGAAAUACCAAAAGGGUCUCCCAAUAACGGCGUGAUUCGGAAAAAGGGCGAGAGCGACCAGUGCCCGGGAAAGAUUGCCGGAGAUGUGAUACUAGAGUACGCUUGUAAGCAACAUCAAACGUUUGAGCGCAAGGGGAAUGACUUGUACGCCAGUUUCACAUUGCCCCUCGCAGACGCGUUGACAGGAUUCUCCAAGCAGGUGGUUAUUCAUUUGGAUGGGAGAAGCAUCAAGCUUUGCACGCCAGCGGGGAAAGUCAUUAGACCUCAUGACUUCAUCAAGAUUGCAGGAGAAGGAAUGCCUCUUAGAGGAGGAGCGUCCUCGUGGCUUUCGGCCAAGUCCAAUGGCGAUUUAUAUCUCAAACCGGAAAUUGAGUUCCCCAGGGAUAAUUGGUGCUUGGAGAGAGACGACAUGAUAAAAAUCAGAAACGUCCUUCCAGUGUCAGCUGAAGCACAAAUAGCUCCCGAAGCAAACGUCAAUCUAAUCACUGAUUUUACAAUUCUCCAACCUGCUGAUUUACCAUCAUACGAAACGAGGCAAGAACACGAAGAGGGCUAUAGAGAAUACUCACCACAGUGUAGUCAACAAUAA